ACUGACGUAAUGCUUGGAGUCUGAGGUCCUGACAAGCGAUAACAUUUCUGAUAAAGAACUGAGAUCACUGCAAAAACCAACCUCCUUUUUUCCAUCCCAGACUCAGGCGUUUUUACUAUUAAACACAGUCUCCCAAGAUUUCACGUGUACGGGAGCAAUCUUACAUCCCCAUACAAAAGAAAUCAUUCCCCGAGAUCAACAAACAAACAACACAAAGACGCUUCAUGGCUCACGCCAAAGCUCCACCAUCUUUCAGACUGCAAAGACUAUUGCAAUUUAAUCAACAGUUACAGUGAUCGAGAAGAAGGGCAUGGUGUGGUCACCCCUCGCACCCAGGAUCAUCUGCACCCGUGAGGUCUUCUGAGAAAAGGAAGUACAGGACGGCGCAUUUUACAAGCAACGCAUGUAGAGCGAGUAAACUUUGUGAACACUGUGGGAAAAAAUGGAAUGAUUUCCAGGCCAGAAUGGAUGUGGAAUAAAGGAUACCUCAGUGGGCUCCUCAGGGAAGGGUCUUUGGAUACUCUGACAGCUUUGAUAUCUGCCUACCUGUUGGAUUUGAGUGUGAUAAUGCUAUAACCCAAUGCUUAACAGAGAUAUGGUGCGGAAAAAGAAUCCCCCUUUGAGAAGCUUCGGCGGUGAAGAAGAGGAGGGCGAGCCGGUGGCGGCCGAGGCCACAGGCCCAGAGAGCGGGAACGCGGGGAGCCAGGCUUCAGAGCCCGACAGGGCUGUGGGCGAAGAACUGGAGGAACCGUCCUCCCCUGGCCCCAUCAAACCAGACAAGCCUGACUUGCAUAACUCCAGCCACAACCUGGCAGCAUCCUACUCUAGCCGCGAGUGCACUGAUACAGAACCGGUGGACUCUACCGCCUCCCCAACGAACUCUGAUCCAGGUGAGAGAGGAGACUGUGAGGAUGACCAGAACAGUCUAAAACCCACCACCCGGUCAGGUGGUGUCAUCGUACAGGGCUGCACCAGUAAUGGAGAGGAGAGGGACGCCACACACAGCCCCCUAGCGUUGCUGGGCUCUGACAGCCUUCGUUGUUUGGCUAUCGAAGGCUCUAUAGUCCCUCCGGUUACACUUCAUCCACAGAGGCCCAUUGGGGGAGUGGAGGACACCCCUAGCCCUCUGGGAGCUGAGACGGGAGCACCUCCACCCAUCUCACCCAAACUACAAGACUUCAAGUGCAACAUUUGUGGGUACGGUUACUACGGCAACGACCCCACGGACCUGAUCAAACACUUUCGUAAGUACCAUUUGGGUCUGCACAACCGGACACGGCAGGAUGCGGAGCUGGACAAUAAGAUUCUGGCACUACAUAACAUGGUGCAGUUCACAGCCCAAACACAGGCCAAAGACUCAGCGCACCUCCUCAGCCAGUCAGUUCAGAGCGGCUCUGCGGCGGAAGCAGGGUCACCCAGGUCCUCCGUACUUAAUGGCACCUAUGACGUACAGGUAACGCUAGCCGGCACCUUCAUCGGAAUUGGAAGAAAGACACAGGACUGUCAGGGCAACACCAAGUACUUCCGCUGCAAGUUCUGCAACUUCACCUACAUGGGAAGCUCUUCUGUAGACCUAGAGCAGCAUUUCCUGGCCACCCACCCCAACAAGAUGAAGAGUCCACCUCCGUCCAACCCCAACCUCGAGGAGAAGUCCUCAACUGAACGGAAGGGGAACUGCAUUCCACGCAUUGAGGCAGACGAGCAAGGGAAGUGGGCCGAUCGGGUGGCGGUGAGGGCCGAAGAUGACACUGUGGCUGGGUACUCCGUACCAAUCAGGGCAUCAGACUCCCCUAGCCGCACUGGAGGUGACCCCCCUGCAGCGUAUUACUGGUGCAAGUAUUGCAGUUUUAGUUGCGAAGCUACCAGUGCUUCUAAGCUUCUGGAGCACUAUGAGAAGAGACACGGCCAGGCGGCCAUCAGGGAGGGAAGUCCAGAGGAAAGGGACAGAAAGACCCAUGACGGAGACUCCCACUUACGGAAAAAGGAGAAGACUGGAGCAACGAGUGACCCAGAAACGGUAGUAACCAGUUACAACUGCCAGUUCUGUGACUUUCGUUACUCCAUGACUCACGGUCCGGAUGUCAUCAUCGUGGCUCCGCUUUUGCAUCACUACCAACGGGCUCACAGCAUUCACAAGUGCACCAUCAAACAUUGCCCCUUCUGUCCCCGUGGGCUCUGCACUCCUGAGAAGCACCUGGGGGAGAUUUCCUAUCCCUUCGCUUGCCGUAAGAGCUCCUGUUCACACUGUGCUCUACUUUUGCUGCAGCUAACAGCCGGAGGGACCACUACCCCAUCCCCGCCAGCUCCCCGAGCGUCCGUCACCCAUCAGUGUGACCAGUGCCCGUUCACCUCGACUGAUAUUGACUUGCUUCUCUUGCACUAUGACAGCACCCAUACCUCGCACACCUUACUGGAAGUCAAACCUGAGGAGGAGGGAUCAGGAGAUGCAGGGCCAGGGCGGGUCCAUCCUGGAGAGUACACCUGCACUAAGUGCCAUUUCUUCACGGAAGUAGAGGAGGACAUCUUUCGUCACUACAGGAGGGUUCACGGCUGCUGUCGUUGUCGACAUUGUAGUUUCACUGCCACGGACACCACGGCACUGCUGGACCACUUUAACUCCGCCCACUGCCAGGACUCUGCGGAUCCAGCCUCUGUUCCUGCCAACGGCUGCUCUGCCCCCUCAACCCUCCGCAUCAAAGAGGAGAGCAAAGGUGAUCUGAAACUCUAUAGCCUGGUGCCUCCAGAGCCCAGCAGAGCUGAGCCGCUUCCCGGCUCAGAGGUUGUGAAGAGUGAGGCUCAGGAUGAGAAGGAGAAAGGCUGGGUUGAAGCGCUGGGACCUGUGACUGGCGGUGGAGUCCGAGGUGGGGAACAACACGUGCAGAGCCUGGUGUGGGUGCCCAAAGAACGUGCAGGGGAGAUUCUUAGGGGAAGCCCAACCCCGUUCCCCCAGGCCACACUGGGUCUACUGAAUGCUGUGGCAGCCGAGGUAAAAGAGCAGCAGCAGCAGAAGGGGGCGACCAUGCUUAGAGACUCAUCAGGACUGAUCUUCAGCCUCAGCGCAGAUGCUAAAGGCUACCUGCCAGGGACGCCAACCAGCAUUGCAGAGAAAGCCGGGCAGCACUACCCAACUUCUACCGAGGGCAAGAGCGCCAAGGAAGAGUCUCAGUCACUCUUAAGAAGACGGCGGGGCUCGGGGGUCUUCUGCGCCAACUGUCUGACCACCAAGACCUCGCUGUGGAGGAAGAAUGCCAACGGCGGCUACGUGUGCAAUGCGUGUGGCCUCUAUCAGAAGCUGCACUCGACCCCUAGACCGCUGAACAUUAUCAAGCAAAACAACGGUGAGCAGAUCAUCCGUCGACGGACACGCAAGCGCCUGAAUCCUGACCCCGUACAGUCUGAGCAGGUGGGGUCCAAGCAGCAGCGUGUCAACAGCGAGGAGCGUCUCAACGGCAGCCCCUUAGAGAGGAGGUCUGAGGAAGCAGGAUCUGAUGGGUCUUUAUCACGUGCCGAGGCCCAAGCCCAGUUGGGUAAAUACGAGGCUUAUGGUCCCUCAGGACCCAAAAGUCACCCUAGUCCCCGCUCCACCCACGCGUUCCUCGUCAACCAGACGCUGGAGAUCCACAAGCGUAUGCCACCCCUGCAUAUGCACAAGAGCCCUACAGACGGUGGGACCGAGGGCAACGGGCUCAGCGCAGGACCCCAGGGCGGUGACGGCAAAGGUGGCUCAGAACGGGGCAGCCCUAUUGAGAAGUACAUGCGUCCAUCGAAGCAGGCCAGCUACUCUCCUCCUGGAAGCCCUAUCGAGAAGUACCAGUAUCCGUUCUUCAGCCUACCCUUCCUCCACAACGACCUGCAAAAUGAAGGUGACUGGUUGCGCUUCUGGACUAAGUACAAGAUGUCUGUGCCGGGCAACCCGGGCCACUACCUGAGCCCCGUGGCUGGCCUUCCCAGUCCGUGCCAAAGCUUUGUGCCUUACCCUUCCUUCGGCUUACCGCCUCAUUUCCCCCCACCAACCCCUUCUGGACCCGAAAGCGACACGCCUCUUGAUCUGGCCAUGAAACAUUCCAAACCCAGUGCUACGCCCAACGGGACCCUCGUCACCAAGGAGAAACUGGCGUCACCUGCUUCUGAAAGGGAGCGGGAGACAGAACGCUCAGAAGAACCCGAAGACGAGUGCCCUUCUUCUUCUUCACAAGUCCCAAAACCAGAGAAGGUUGAUCAGGCCACGCAAGAUGAAAUCUCGAGCAAAUGCGCCCACUGUGGCAUUGUCUUCCUGGACGAGGUCCUGUACGCCCUGCACAUGAGUUGCCAUGGUGACGGCGGGCCCUUCCAGUGCAGUAUCUGCCUGCACGCUUGUGCCGAUAAGUACGAUUUCACAACACACAUCCAGCGAGGCCUCCACCGGGCCGCCCCCGAGGCGAACGCCAACCCCUCUAACCAAUGAGCUUUACAAACCUGCAGUCCGAACACAACUAGAGCAGUGAGGAAAGCGAGGGAUUGUACAAAUGAAUGCAUUGAACUUUUUGUUUGAAAUGUGCUAAGACAGAUCAUGGUGCCUAAGCAGCCAAUGCAAGAAACUUCAGUCAGCAUAGCAUUUCUGUGGGAGCUCACAC